UGCAGGAUGACGUCAUGCAACGUGGAAACAGACAGAGCGAGGCGUUAAGCGCUUAAUUCAGGCGUGCAGGCGUGCCCGUGAGACAUGUUGCCGAUCACUCGAGCAUCGACAGCUCCGCAACGGCAACUCGUGCUUGCUCGGAUGCGGCAUGAUUUCCAGCUGCUUCCCCGUUACUCGCGUUUCGGCACAGGCAUCAGCCAUGCUCAGGGGACGCAGUCAUCAGUAGUUGUCACAGGUGCACCACCACCGGGAGAAGGAGCUGGAGCUAUUGGAGACGUGGUGGUGGUGGGAGCAGGUGUUGGAGGUCUAGCUACGGCUGCUUGCCUCGCCCGUCUCGGACUGAGGGUGACCGUAGCAGCAGGCAAGGGGGGUGUGGGUGGCGGCAGGGACAUCGCAACGACGGGGGAGAAGACCAAGGCCGCAGCCGAAAGCAUGGAUCGGAGUUCCAGUGCAACAGGCGGGAGCAUCGACCCCGGAGUGGGAAUAUGGACGCACGGUCUGGCCUGUCUCGAGAGCCUCGGCGUCCUCCGGCAAUUGGAGUCGGAAGGAAGGUACAUGGGCGAAGCCGGGUAUAGGGACACCGCCGGAAACUGGCUGGCAACCCCUACCCGACCCCUCCAAGAGCGGGGCGCGGCAUCAAUGCGGCGAGGGCAGCCAUGUUCGGACGAGUCCGGCGGCAAAAGCGAAGACGGUAGGCUAGGCGGCGGAGGGGAGGGGGGGGCGGGGGGAGGAGGCGCAAGUGUACUCUUCGUUCGGGAGUCCAAGCUCAUGGAGGCCUUGCGCUCCGUGCUCCCAGCAGAAACCAAAUUUGUCGAAGGCGACGUGGAAGACAUCAACUGGGAGUGUGGUGCGAGCAACGAUGAUGCUGGUGUGGCGGGGAAGAGCCGGGGUACCGUGUCCGGCCGCUUCUGCGCCGCCGGCGCCGGUGACGGGGGGUGGGAGGCGGACUUCGACCUCCUCGUGGGAGCGGACGGGUCGCACUCCUUCGUGCGCGACAGGGUUAUCCUAGCGGCAGAUGCGGGAGCAACGGGCGGCCGUCGAGGGGAUGCCGGUCGUAGUGUUGCGGCGACAGGGGCGGUGGGGGGUAGCGAGGCGGCGGCGGGGGUGGGUCCGCGCCGCCGAGGCUACGCGGUGUACCGCGGGGUUUGCAGCAGCAGAAGCACCAGCACCAGCAGCAGCAGGUGUUCGCCUGAGGGGGCACCGCGGAUCGACAAGGAGGGGGGGUGGGGUCUCGCUUCCUUUCAGACGUGGGGCCCGGGCCUUCGGUUCGCUUCUGUCCCUCUCGCCGGGGAUGAGCGGAUGUGGUUCGCAACCGUGGAAGACGGGCUCGUCGGCGCCGAUGGGGGCCCCGCGGAUAAGGAUCAGCACUCCCCUUCCUGCGGCGGCGGCGGCGGCGAAGGCGAACAAAACCAUAAGAACAAGCGUUUCUUGCUGGAGACGUUUGGGGGCUGGCACGCGCCGGUGAGCAGCCUUCUCCGCGCCACGGCGGAAGGCUCCAUCACGCGGGAGGACGCCAGGGCCAUGAGUCGGCGGGGACUCCGUGAUAUCGCUGCCGCCGUCGGUGCCGCCCGACGGCAAUCUCGAGGAGGAGGAGGAGGAGGAGGAGGAGGAGGAAGAGGCGUUGUGCUUGUCGGGGAUGCGGCGCACACGCUCGAUCCCGUUCUUGCCCAGGGUGCCGGAGUGGCUCUCGAGGACGCUUUUUUUCUCGCGCAGCACCUGAAAGACUUCAACGACAGGCAGAACAAGAAAUCGGCCGCUGUGACAGCGGGAGAGGCAGGGGACAGGCUCGAAGAAGCACUCUCGCGGUACGACGAGGAACGCCUGCAGAGGGCUCUUCUGCUAUCCGUCCUCUCGGAUGUGUCUCAGGGCUUGGGGCAGCUUCGACGGCCGGAGUGGCUCGUUCGGGCGCGAGACUCUACCCUCGCUCGAUACAUCCCGGCGGCGCUGAGCUCAAGGGUUUUCGACGGGCUUAUGGAGGCGUCUUUGGCGGGGGGGCUGGCUGGGGGUGCGCGGGCGGCGGCGGCGGCGGCAGUUGGUUUCGGCGAGAAGUGGCGGUUUGAUGGCUACAGGGUGCCGAAGCUGUGGUAGGUUCCCUUUUGUCAAGUUUUACGCGAUGGAACGAUUCUGGCAGCUUCAAGUAUCUUCUAUUCGCCUUGACGCGGAGUUGAUUGUCCCGAGUCUUUCCGUUUUCCGGUGGAACCAUUCUGGCAGCUUCGAGAAUCUUCUAUACGAUUUGACGCCGAAUUGAUGUUGGCGUACUUGUUGAGUCCGGCAGCCUCGUGCACGAAGAGUAAGGGUAGAAGGUUUAGACUCUUCGACGUAGUACGGUAUUUUGUAUUUUGUGCACUUCCAACCCUUUGUAAUAGCACGCGCUUUUUGCCGCGUUGCUCUUGUUGCAGAAUGAAGUAAGGUAAGAGUUAAUAGUUGCACCGUCGAGGAAUUCAUGUUCCCCUGGCAAAGAGGCCAGGCCGCGCCGUCAAGGAGAGACUGCGAGCGGUGGCCAGCUACGGGAUGGCGAAGAGAAACUAAUAAUAGUGUCACCAUCAUCGCUGAGUCAAUUCUUGGCACAACAGUGACGAUAGAAGAGAAGGUAACCUCGCGUUACAAAUGUUUUCCGGGUUGGUGCUGUGGAAAGAAGGGACGGUUCGUUGGGAUGAUUGUACCCUUCAUGAACGGGAUCUCCAUAGUACAGCCCCCCCUCGAGUCUUGGUUGCUAGGCAAGAAGGCUUCGAAGGGUAACGGGUGACUUAGGGAUGUCAUUUGAAGAAACUGGAGGUUGUCAGUUGUGGUUUGGUAGCACGUGACCAUUCAGCGACAUGGGUCGCCCGACAGGAUGGCGGGUACCGACAGUCACUCCUACUUUCUCGCAAACGCCCUCGACGAAUGUGGACUGACUGUGGAACCCUC